UUAAUCUCCAUUCUUUGGACCCAAGCUACAUCAACAACAUGUCGACCAGCAGUUCAUUAUCUGAGCACGUUUAGAUUGACAGCCUACAAAAGGUGUAGAGUCGUCAUUUCAGCUCUCAGUUUCCCUCUCCUAGAUCUAGAAAUAAAUGUCUAGAUCUAAGGUUGGAUACUAGCAAAAUGAAUACCAACAGCUCCAGUGAAUCUAACCGAAAGAAAAAUAAAGAUGAAUCUCAGACUUUUCAGUUUGGUCCGUGGUCAAUAAGAUCAUGGAAAUCGCACAUUUUAGAAUCGGAAGGCGUGCAGCGAGAAAAGUUCCAGCAAGAUUUAAAUCUUCCUCAAAUUCCAGAGAUGGUAUUUGCUGAGAACAUUUUACGCAUUCAUCAUGAAUCAGGUUGUGGGAUUGAGUUUAAUGCUCUUGAUGCACUGCGUCUGGUGGAUGCUUUUAAUGAUCCAAUUAAAGUUGCUGCCUCUGAAGAAUGGCAAACUGCCAGGUCAAACUGCCAGCACAUUAAGAAUGUUGUUGCACCUUUUGAUUGGACGUUUACAACUGAUUAUAAAGGAACCAUUUUUGAAGAACAACCAGGUAUUCUUAGGGUCUGUCCAACAACCCAGAGAAUAGAUAUUGAAAAGUUGAAACAAAAAGAAAUCAUUCACUUUUAUGAAGAUGUUUUACUCUUUGAGGAUGAGUUGUCAGACAAUGGAACUUCCAUUUUAAAUGUCAAGAUGAGGGUUAUGCCAACCAGUUUUUUUAUUCUGCUUAGAUUAUUUGUUCGAGUUGAUCAAGUCUUAAUACGUAUGAAUGAAACAAGAUUCUAUCAUGAGGCAGGGACAAAUUUCAUUUUGAGAGAAUUCACUAGCAGAGAAGAGUCUACAAAAAAUAUACCAGAAUCACUACAUACAGAUCCAAAUGCUGUUGGUGAACAUUUAAAGGUUAAAAAAGAAAUUUUCGAAAAGUUGGAGUUUGUCUGCACCUAAAGAUCUGAACACCUGUACUUUGAAGACUGUCCUUUGUUUGUGUUAUGGACCAGUUUUACAGCAAUGUACCAUACACAUUUAUGGCUAAUUUGUCUUUGUCAGUGGAUCUUAUCUUAUAAAUUACAGAUGUUCUUUCAAAAAAGAAGGUAAUUCUUGAAAUGGAAAAAGUUGGGAUGAAACUUAACAGUUAGCUGCUAACCUUAGCCAUCUACACCCAUGUUUGUAUCUUACAUUGUGAGAGCACUUUAUGAAUUGGUUAGAGCUACUUGCAAAAUAGAAAACAUUUAUAAAUCAUCAACUUCACCUAUCCCUUAGUCUGUUGGACCAUUGGGGCACCACACAAGAUUUGUCAUCCGUCUUUCUCCAUUCCUCUCUUGGAUAGAACCUUUUUCAAUGGCAAGACCGUCCAUGCAUUUAUGUUGUCUUCCCAUUGCUCUCUCUGUCUGCCUCUUCUUUUUUUCCUGGUACUUUUCCCUGAAGGAAGGUUUUAGCAAGCCCCGAAGACCUUGUAAUAUUACCAUAGAGUUUUAGGGUUAGGCUUACUAUUGUUGUACUAUUACAAUCAUAGUAUUAAAAAAAAAAGAAGCUGCAUAACAAUAACUGUAAUGUCAGAGAGACUAGAACAGAAAGAGGAAUUACAGAAUAUAUAGGACACGCAAGUACCUUUUUGCCCCUAACGAAGCUAAAAGUUCCCAAUUAUUGAAUUGGUUGUCAAACUGUACAAAAUAAUGUAAGAACUAUAUGUAGGAUUUUUUUUUAAUUUGCUCUAAUCAUGACAGAAAACAAGAUCUGUUUUGUUACAGCUUAUGAUUAACAUUUUGAAAAUGUGUUGCCCCUGAUAUCACUUCAUUUAUGUGAUAAAAUAUUAUAGAGACUUAAAAAUUUGAAAUCAUGAACAUAUCCCAUUUCAAACUUAUGAAUUUAUGUUCACAAACCUAGCUGCUAUAGGUUUUAAAUACAAACAUUAUAAUUGUGAUCUCACUGAUUUGCACUCCACUAUCAAAAGGGAUUUUGUUAUUUAUUUGCCAGCCAAAAGAUUGGACAAAGUUUAGUUAUGCUAUCAGUAAGCUAACUUAAAUUUUCUUUACAGUAAUUUUUUUUUUAUGAUGUAUAGUAGUGUUGGAGAUGGAGACUCGUCCAAUAACAACAAAUCUUUUAUAAUUUAUUUUGAGAUGUUUAAAGCAUUAAUUUUCACCAAUUUUUUUUUUGAAUUUGUAUAAAAUCUCAGAAUAAAGGAUGGAACAUUUGAGGUAUGUUUUUGCAUUUUAUGUAAAAAUUACAAUUUUAUUUAAAGAAUGAAAUAGGAAUAUGAACUAAAAAAAAAUAAAAAUGUGAACUCCG